CCAUCAGCAGGCAGCGGCUGCUCCACUUUGGCCUGGGCCAGCGAUCAUGGCUUUGGCGUUUCUCUUCUCGUUGUUGGCGCAGAGAGUGCCAUGUGUUGGCGAGGUGUUGGAUGCAGACACGCUCGACCGCAUGCAGCAGCGUGAGGUCUAUCUGCGAGAGCAGAUGGCAAAGCUGCUGAAGGAGAUGGAACAAUGCAGAACGGAUGCGCGACCCUCGCGCUUCUUUGCAGUGCGGCCCUGGCUAAUUUGGGCCUUGGCUGUACUGCUGCUUUUCCUGGUCUUCCGCUACAUCCGCGACCGCUACAGGGAAAGGCAAGAGAGAAUGUUCUACCAUGAAAUGAUGGAGAUGUGGGAAGAAUACGAAAGGGAGCUGAGGAAGCCGGUGUGCCAUGGAGACCCCGACGACAUUACCUACACGAGCAGGUUUUACCCGGAGUUCUCCAUCUGGCCGCUGAAGAGCAGGACACAGACGUGCAAGGUGGUGGCAGAGCUGGUGGAUGAACUUCUGAACACGUGUCAGAUAGUUCCAAAGAGCUACUUCCUGCCACGGCCGCAGCCAGCCAUUGGGGUGGGUGUUGGCUUUGAAGGCAGCGGUCCCCAAGGGUGCUACAUUGUCUACCGCAUGCUCGUGCCCCUGAAGGCACCCCCAGGACACAUCUUCCACUUGGAGGUGGGCCCCAAGGCGAGGAUAGGGGUGAGGAACUCCCGCAUCCGCGUGGAGUUCCAGUGCACGUGCAUAAGGGAGCAGCAGUUUCAGGACAUGCUCUGCUUCCUCCACCACCCUGCGGACCGGCUGAGGAAAAAGCAGAUGCCCAGCCUCCUGCAAACCCUCUGCACCGACUGCCACCUGGACAUGGAGAAAACCGCAGCCUGGUUCCAGGAGCUGGUGAAAGCAGCCUGGGCGCUUAUGCCUGUGUCAAACACAACGCAGCUCGAGUUGCUGCCCUCCAAACGACACUGCAAGCUCAAGCUGACCACCACCUCCGGCAAAGUCCUCUGGAUCGAGCUCCUGCUCGGGACGCAGAAAAAGGACUCGGACACGUUCCUGACCUUUGAGUAGGCAGGGGCGGUCGUUAGCAGCAGCACGAGGUGGCCGCAGGGACGCACUGCUUCACCAAACAGCCAGGCACGCCUGGCGCAACACAUUCCAUCGCAAACAUCUGCAGCUCCGUGUCCCUGCGCUGGAAGGUGGCUUCAAAACCACUGACGCCCCACCCUACUUGCCACCUGCUCCAGAGCUGAGCAUGCUGGCCAUGGAGAAGA